UAUUCAACUUCAACUGUCGUAAACAGUCGAGAAACUCAACCUCUGCGUACUAAAAAAAAAGUAUUGUCUCUAUUUUGUAGAAGCUGAGUUUUGGUGGUCGCACACAUGACCAAACGAGGAGCAGAAAACAUUUUGAAUUCCGAAAUCCCUCAUAAAAGAUGUUUUCGUUCUCUGUCCGACAGCGACAAACAGGUAGGAGGCGUGAACCUGAUCCAAAACGCAAUUCCAUCCUCGUUAUUAACGCUGGCUAGACCACGCUGCAGGAAAAGACCGAGCUAUCUCGAAGAUUCACUGGAUACAGAUAACUUACCGAGAAAGCUGGCUGCAAACGGGGUUAAUUCAUCGCUGGCAGGCAGGAGCACGUGCAAGUCUAGAACAUUCGAGGAUGGUGCUGGGAGACCUGUCACGCGACGGUCAUUUCGCGCGCUUCAGACUCAAUCAAAUAAACAGACAGACGAAAGAACUAACAGUACUGCAGGAGACAAGGUGAUGCAAACAGAUGAGGACCUCUCUCCAUUCAAUACCUUCCAGUUCUGGCGGGUUCCACUGCCUGAGUUGGAUCUCGCUCUCCUGGAGACUGAACUCUUGGCUGGGCCACAUAGCCUCUUCCAACAAAGACUUAGAGGCGAUGGAAACAUGAGGAGAUCCCCAGUGCACAGUGACAUUCUUGUUAAGAUGUUGUCUAGGUGUUGCCAAAUUACCUGACUGGAUAUGAUGAGAUGAUUCCCCCUGGUCUGCACUAGAUGAACAUGUAAGCAAAGCCUUGUGCUGUGAACAGCAUGAAGGCCUCCAGCAGAAGAUUCCAUUCUGGUAGAAACACAUGAUGGUCACAUGACCUCAUAUUCCUGUCCUAGAGGUCAAGUGUUCAACAGUGUGAAAGCAUUUUAGACUAAUCAUGAGUGUAUUUUUUUUUCUUUUUUCAGUAUAGCUGUGAAAGCAAGUGUAUGUUCUUCUGCUUGGACUGAGCCUGUUUUUUUAUGUUUAUGGUGUUCAGUAGGUAUAAGCCACUUUUAUUCUUUAGGUGUUUCGUUUUUGUAAACUUUAGGGCCUUGUUCUUUUUCUCUGAACAGCAUUAUUAUUUUGACAACAGUAUGUGGUACUUCUGAUCUUAGAUACAGGAAGUGCUUGGAAUGUUCCAGUGGCGUAAUUGCAGUGUUUUUGAAAUUGCUCAACAGCAAUAAAAUGUAUUUUUUAUACUGA